CGAUCAGCUGGACGCGCGCGCACAGGUGUGUGCCGUUCUGCUUAGCAACCCGCUUGUUGACUCGCACUUUGUACAUAUACAAAAGUUGACUCAGGAUGACAGUGAACUCCAAAUGGUAAUAAGGUAUAUUAAAGAAGGCUGGCCGGAGUGUAAGCAGGAUGUCGAUGACCAAGUGAAACCCUACUGGGGUUAUCGUGAUGAAUUGACGGUCGCGCAUGGUAUGGCAUGGAAGGGCGAUCGAAUUAUUAUUCCAGCUUCUAUGCGUAAGGAAAUGUUAAGGCGGGUGCACAUUGGGCACUUAGGAUUAGAGAAAUGCAAGUUAAAGGUGCGUGAAUCUGUAUUUUGGCCAAAUAUAAAUAGCCAGCUAGAGGACUUAAUUAAAAACUGUCAAGCAUGUCUAACCUUUAAAAACCAGAAUGGGAAAGAAUCAUUGAUACCACAUGAGAUACCGGACAGGGCUUGGUCGAAAAUUGGGGUAGAUGUAUUUCACUAUAAGGAGAAAAAAUAUUUAUUAGUAGUAGAUUAUUUUAGCAAGUUCUUGGAAGUGAUAGAACUAAAUUGUUUACUUUCUAGCCAUAUUAUUGAGCAGUUAAAGAUUGUUUUUAGUCAUCAGGGCAUACCUAACAUUGUAAUAUCAGACAAUGGCCCUGAAUUUUCUUCCAGCCAAUUCAAACAGUUCUCUCAGCAGUGGUGUUUUGAACAUAUAACGUCGUCUCCUUGCUAUUCGCAAUCAAACGGGCAGGUUGAACGGAAUGUGCAGACCGUAAAAAAUAUAUUAAAGAAAACUAGUGUUGAAAAAACUGAUUUCAGGCAAGCACUGUUAGAAUAUUUAACCACUCCCAUCACUAAUCAGUUAGCAUCUCCAUCAGAGUUAUUGAACAAUAGAAAGUUUCGUGGUAUCGUCCCGUAUGCUCCAAAACUUCUUCAUCCUAAAAUCCAAGUGAAUGUUACGGCAGAGUUAGAAAAGAGACAGAUUAAACAAAAGCUACAGUAUGACAAGACGGCACAUGAUUUAAAACAAUUAUUGCCAGGCCAAAAGGUUAAAGUUAGAGUAGAUAAGAAGUGGGUUAGUGGCACAAUUUUACAAAUUAAAGGUAUCAGAUCAUAUUUAAUUCAAUUGAUGCAGGGUGGUACUUUAGUGAGAAACAGGCGUCAUCUUAUAGUAGACUCGGAAUUUAGGCCGGAGUUACCUGUGUGUCCCCGGCCUUAUGACGAUAUCACCGUAACAAGUGAUAACGAUAACGCGAGGGCGCAUGCGCCCGCCCGGCAGCCUCAGUCGCACGCGCAGCGUGCUGUCAUCAACACGGCUCCAGUGUCCGAUAAUGCUCCAAACAGUAACAAUAAUUAUGUCACUCGUUCUGGCAGGGUGGUGAUUCCUCCUGAUUGGUUUUAAUUAGCAGCCGGGUUGAAUAUGCGCGGUUUCGAAGAUGGAUUUGUAUAAGUACAUUAUUAAAAAAAAAAAAUACCUAAACAACUAGCAGUAAGGUUCAAUUUCCAUUGGAGAUUAAUUUUGUUUUUAAAAGGUUAUGUAGGUAAAGAACACCUGUGCUAAGUACGAGUAGGUACAUAACAUAAUGGGUUAAGUAGUUAAUACAAAAUAUAAUAAGUAGGUAUGUACCUACUUAAUAGUC